UUAAAAUGUGUGUACAUUUCCCGUUGUUCCCAUGAGGAGGAGGGCGGAGACCUAAUAUCAAAUCUCAAGUAAAGGAGAACAAAUUGGGGAAGCCUGCAGCUGCUUUUCAUGUCUAGUGCUGCGACGAGGAUCCAUCGUUGGUGCGUUCAGGGUCAGCGUCCACUGUGGGAGAACGCGCACCCCUUAGCUCCUGCCUCACACGGCACCGUGAGUCUCGUCGUCGUCACACGGCGGUGUCCCCCCUUUCGCUAGCAUCUCUCCGAGCCCCAGCCGCGGUACUCCUCAUUUUUUUUCCUUCCUCCUUCCUCCUUCCUCGCACGACUCACGUCACGCAGCGGAUCUGCCGAGGCCACGUAGCCGCGUUCCUUCGGCGGGAUCCACCGCGACGAGGCUGGACAGGUUGCUUCUAGCUUUUGACAUUUGACAGAUCCUCUUUGUGUGUGAGUGAGUGUGACUGCGUGUGCGUGUGUGCCUGUGUGAGUGGUGUGUGCGUGUGUUUUGGGUGGAGUCAACCCGGAAUUCUCCAAUUUGGAAAAAAACACGAUCAGGGGUGACACAAUGAAAGAUAGCAUCGCCAACAACAGCACAGCAAGCAUCUCCCAAGCCAGGAAAGCCGUGGAGCAGCUCAAGAUGGAGGCCUGCAUGGAUAGGAUAAAGGUGUCCAAAGCCGCCGCAGACCUGUUGGCUUACUGCGACGCCCACAUACGCGAGGACCCUCUCAUUGUGCCCGUGCCGGCCUCCGAGAACCCAUUCCGGGAGAAGAAGUUCUUCUGCGCCAUCCUCUGAUGAGCCGCAUGCCAAGCGCCGCGGGCUACGGGCGCGGCGUCGCCUGCCUUCUUUGUCUUCACCACACCUGAAGCGACUUGCCACGGGCGUCCACUCCGGUUUAGCCGGGUGGACCCUGGUGUCGGUCGGCUCCGUCCUGACGGCUGAGGGGAUUCUACAGGGGGGGCAGUCUUGUUCAAUAGGUUUGUUAUUGCUUUGUUAUUAGAGAACAGCCUUGCUCAGUGCUUUCAUGCGGUGAGAGUUUUUUCUUUGUUUGU